GGACAAUGCUCUCUUGUUUACCGUCUAAUUCAACUGUUUACAUAUAGUAGUGAGGAGGAGACAGAUUUAGACAUUGUGAAAAAUUGUAAGGGCAGUAAUGAUGGAGGCUCGUCUGCUGAAGCUGCCCUCGGGGAAGAUUUCUAAUGACACCGCGUUCCUCAUGGACGAUGAUGACCGCAUGGCAAGGCUGAGACAUUUAAUGCAAGUAAAAGAAGACCUUAAGAAUGAAAUAGAGAAGAGUGCUUUGGAGGCUGAUGAGUGGCUUCAAAUACUGGAGACCUCAUCAAGUACUGAACUUGAGGACCUCAUGUUGUCCCUCCCCUCCACUGCGCCCAUGACCAUAGAGCACCAAGGCAUCUUAAAGGAGUACUGUCAACUGUCUACCCAGUUGCAGGCUUACUCCUUCCAUGAGACCACUGCAGCGUACAUGACAGCUGAAGGAAAUCUGCUGCUGAAAUUUUUACGACCUUCCUUCAAGUCUCAAUACUCGACGCUUUUAAUAUUACUCACUAAAGGUGCUGACAACACUUACAGAGUUGGUCAUCACAACAUGCCAGACACUGUGGCAGUUGCUGGAUGUGAGGAGGAGUACCUGAAGAAUGGUGAGAAGAAUGAAGGUGUGAAGAAGUUCAUCACAGCCAUCACUCAGUACACAAAUGCCCUGUAUUUACGCCAAGAUCAAAUUGUUACUUUGCAGAAAGCAGAGUUCCUGAACAAGAUGCAGGUGUACCACAACCAGGGAUGUACCUUCCUCUCCUUCAUGGUGGAAGUAAAGAAUGAGGAUGAGGAAAUAACGUAUGAGUUCACCCUUGACUUUUAUCCUCGAGACAUCCUCCCAUACAGAGUAAAAGCCAGUCAUAUAGAUGGAGCAACACCUAGUUUGAGUCUGGCUGAUAUAAUGCAAGAUAUGGCAGUUGAUAUGAAAGUUGUACCCUUCCCACAAGUUCUGUAUUUAACGUUUGGAGGCCAAGUUUCUGAUCGUUCAACUCCGGAAGACACUUCAGACAGCAACAAUUCUGGAAGCACUGUUUUGUUUGCAGAAUAAGUUAGUGAUCAUAUCCAGUAGUUUUAGGGCAUCUUAAGAAAUUACUGCACUCUUGCUCUUGAGUUUUCAUUGUCAUCUCAUACACUUCAUCUAAGAAUUGUUUAGUUGCCAUUGAAGGUAGAACUAUUGUCCUCAAAACCAUUGUAGUACUUGUCUUAAUUUAAGUACCGGUAACUAGUUGGUGGAUAUCUUUAAUGAUUGUAGUUUAAAAUUACGUACAAGAUAUUUUACAAUAAAAUGCUAUUGUCUUCUCCUUUGGCAAGUUUACAGCACUUGGCCAAGUCUUUGAUUUUAUCCUCAGCUUGCCCCUUAUUUUAGGCUUUAAAAGAUUACAGUACUGUAGUUAUGUCUCUGAUGGUUUUGUCAUGCAAGUCCAUUAUUGAUACAAGACUUUAAACUUAGAAAAUGUGUUUUCCUUUGUACUCUAGUUGUUCUUUAAGAUCAUAAUGGACUGAGUAGCUCUCAGUGUUGGUGGAGGGAAUUGUGUUAUUUUCAUCUGAAUAUUUUAAACUGAUAACUAAUCUUUGACAUUAAAAAGUGUGGAUCAAUGAGUGGCUCAAAAGUUCAGUGAGACUCCAGUUAUGGCUACUACAUCAUAUUCUAUAUGGCCAUAAGUGUGCAGUUACCCUAUUGUACAUGUGGCUGUCAUCCCAUCCUGCAUUUGGUCGUCUCAUCUAAUGCUCGGUCAACCAGGCUGCCACAUUCUACAUUUGGCCACCUCUCAAGCCCCAGAAUAAACAAGACAAAAACUAUAUUAGUUGGUUAACAAUGUCGAAGUCAGAUGGAUCAAUUGGAUACUGCAGAGACUAUUAAAAAAAAUAAGCUAUUUAGUUCACAUUAAGCAGUACAUACAGUGACUAAUCUAGUACAAACCACACUUCUGACAACAAGAAAGAUGUUUGAAUUAUUUACCAUUUUUAUUUGUUUUUAUUACAUUUAUUCUGUUGGCAGUAUAAAUGUACUGGUAACUGUUCAUUACUUCUUCCUGACCUAUCACAGUCUCCUGCCCACAUCUCCAUUUCAAAAUCAUAACUCAAGUGUCCCAACCCUUUCCUAGGCUGUUACCUCAACUGUUAACCGAACUGCACAUUGAAGCCUUUUAUCACUACUUUCUCCCUCCAGUCAGUGUUCAGUCCAUUCUUCAUCUACUCUUCCCUGGCUCUAGAUGUUUCAAUAAGAUAUAUUUUGAUUUGAUAUCCUUCUGGCAGAUUCACAAACAUAUUUUUUAAUGAUGAGUAUUGUAGAUUUUUGUAUAUAAAAUGGAUACAGUAUA